AUGCUGCCCCCGCCUCCCUUCUACAAGAAUGAAGAGGCCAGUGGGGACUCUGGCAACGCCGAUUCUUCGGCGGUCCAAGGACCAAUGGAGAACAGUGAUCAGGGUGACGUGUCCGCGGGCAUGCCCAAGGACACUGAGCUACAAUUGGUGUUGCGCAAUGCGCACUCCUUCCAAGAUGCGUCCCUCCCACUCGCCCAGAGAGUGGACGCUUUCAAACAGUUCGCCGAGGAGGUCAAGUACACAAAGUCGUACUGGCAGAACAGGGGCGAUGAGAGACCCAUGUGUGGGGAGUGUGGAAAGAAGCACUAUCCUCCGCAUGUGACCAAGGAGCAGCAGGCUGCCGUCGCUGCCGCCUUCAAGCAAGGCAAGGCCCUUGGUAAGGAGCUCAACAGGGAGCUCAACAGGCCACGAUCGCGUCCACAGAACGUGACGAGGGCCGGUUGUGAUGACGGCACUCCCCGCGUCAAGAAGCCCAGGGCUGUAUUCUGUGAGAACUGUGCCAAAUGGCACCCAGGCGGCAAGGAGGAGUGCAAUGUGCCCCUCUGCCCUUUGGGAUGUGGAAGGCACCACUUGCCUAUAGUGGACUGCAACACUGCUGCAAAACGCUUCUCAAACAUAGCAGAAGCGAGGAAGAAGCCCGCGGCGACGACAGCGACGACGAUGGCGACGGUGAACAGAAAUGUUCCCGAAAUGGUCGGCAUUAUGCUGCAAGAACUAAAAGAUGACCACACACUUGUCAGAGACCUGGGCGAUUUCCUCGUCCAUUAUGCCGAGAAAAAAAAGAAAAGUCCUGAGGAUGAAGCUGCAUCGGUCGUCUAUGCGGCUUUUGCGAAGAAGCAGAAGAAGAAGACAGGACGUGGAAGCUCCUGUCAAAAGCCACAGCAUCACCGAAAAGGCCCGCCAAAGCCUGACGACAAGGGCGAGGGAAACGCAACCCAUGCUUGA